CGUUGUAAACAGAGCCAGCAGCUCCUCGGAGGCCAAAGUGAAACAGCUCUUUUUAAGAUGAACAGCAUAGAGUGUGAGCGGCUAGACAGCCUGGAGGGGUGGGUGGCCGUUAAGAACAACAUCUUUGAGGAAGAUGAGACGUUUAAACUGGGCUUUAUCGUGCAGUGGAACGUAAUCGAAAGUAAGUUCGCCGUCACCUGCCACAACCGGACGUUACAGCGGCAGAAACGCAAAUCCGAGCCUGCCGCCGACGACCCGCAGAUGAGCUGGGCAGGACUCUUCUCCGUCAGCGAUUUGAGGCACAUCCAUCAGCAGUUUACGUGCGUAGCAGACGUCCUGGGAGGCUGCUUUCCGGAUUUGUCAAAGUUUGAAGAGGGCAACAACAUUUGGGAAUUGCUUUUCCUGAAUCGGAGGUCAGGUCCCGAAGAUGACGAAGAGAGGGAUUAUGAUGGGCCAUGUAGGAAACUCGAGAAAUAUUUCAGCACGGCCAUUGACCUCUGCGGGCGAAAGAUUGUUCUCGAUACCUUGUUCGCACAGGAUGACCGGGAUGUUGAGGAGUACUUUGAAAAUUUACAGGAGUUCAAAAAGAAGAGCAUGCAGGAGGAGAUGUCAAGGGCCAAGGGUCACCUGAGACAGCUGCUACAAAGUCACAGCGGUGCUGACAGGAUGGUUGUGCUGCUCAGCAUCUAUGAGGAAGAAGACGAGGCCUACCAGGACCUGGUCACUAUUGCCACAACUUUCUUCCAGUACCUCCUGCAGCCUUUCAGGGACAUGAGAGAGCUCGCCUGCCUUUACAAGAUAGACAUCCUUAAGUCUUUGGAGUUUGAAGACUUGGGUCCUAAGAGAAUUGCAGCUCUGGAAAAGGAGGCGGAAGAGUGGAGAAAGAAAGCAGAGGAUGCAGUCGCCUCAAUUCAGGACAUCACUGUCACCUACUUUGCACAGACUUCAAAGGCUCUGGCUGGUAUGGUGAAACAGAUGGAGGAGGAUAAGUGUCGUUUUGGACCCGCUGCCUGGGCGUCGGCGGCUCCCAGGCUGGAGAAACUGCGCUUCCUGUUGGCCAAAGAAACCCUGCAGCACAUGAGAGCUACAGAGAUGUGCCUCAGCCGCAAGAAAGAUGGCAUCAAGGAGAGGCUAGAGAACCUAUCUGUGAGAGUCCAGAGAGCUGAUCUAAGGUCUGCGUUUGAGGACGGCCAGAAGCAUGACACUGUGGACCGUCUGGAGCUGCAGUUCUACGAAACCCAGCUAGAACUGUAUGACGCCAAGUUUGAAAUCCUGAAAAAUGAAGAGCAGCUCCUGGUGGCUCAGAUUGAACCCCUGAGACGACAGAUUAAAGAGCUGAAGGAGCAGGUCGUGUACUAUGAUGUGUGUGAGGAUCCAGAGGAGCUGCAGAGCAUGGUCCACACAGGUGUUCAUCAAGCAGACUCUCCAGCUGUCAGUCAGCUCAAAAGACGCCUACAGACUUUGGAAACCAAGCGGGGCAACAUCUGUGCCCGACGAGCUUACCUGCGCAACAAAAAGGAUCAAUGCAUGGAUGCCAAUGAGCAGAAGCAGCUGGCAGCAAAACAGAGCUCCGUAGUAUUCACCCAGCAUCAUCAGGUCCACUUGAAACGAGAGAAGAGGAAGGAGGAGGAGCAGAGGAGGAAGGAGUGGGUGGACAAGGAGCGAGAGAAGACUCUGAGCCGAUUACGAUCCUUCAGAGAGAAGCGACCGGGCCAGUACAUCCUGAAAGCGCCCCAGUCCAGGACUUCAUCAUCUUGUCCAGAAGCCCUGUCUCUCUCCCAGCCGAUGUCCAUCAUCAGCCUCAGCCCCACUCCCGCUUCUGAAGGACCCCCUCCCUCCAUCCGACCUGCGCCUAGACGCAAAAAAAUGGCCAAAAAGCAGCAGGCUAAAGAUAUCCCUGUCCAAAUCUACGCUGGGCCGCCACCUCCAACCACCCCACCCCCUCCCCCUCCAACUGCCCCACCCCCUCCCCCACCGCCUCCCCCUCCCCCGCCGCUGCCUCCUGCCGUACCUCCUCCACCUGCCCGAGCUUCACCCUUAUCCGAGGAUGCACCGAUGCCUCUGAGUGAAAAAGAGAACCCUCCUUUUCCAGCCAAGAACAUGCUCAAACAAAAUAUAGGAACCAUGGAUGAGGUGUUGGCCUCACUGCAGCGUGGACAGAUGACGCUUCGAAAGGUCCCCGCGCCCAGCAAGCCAAGCCCCACCGUGGACGCGAGGAGCAGUCUGAUGUCUGCCAUCCGACAGGGAGUCACCCUAAAGAAGGUGGUUCCUGCACGAGCAGAGGUCCCGAGCAGCGGCGACAACGAGCUGGAGCGCAGCAUCAAAGCUGCCAUGAUGAGGAUGAAGAAGGUGGCAGCCGAUUCAGAUGAGGAGGACAGAAUUGACGACGAGGCACACAACGCAGACUGGGACAGCUGAGAACGCACGAGCACGCUCACACACGCCGAUGAAGCUGUUGUCUUACAUUAGCCCCCGCGCUGUUUUCCUCACAGUUGUGACCUGCAGCUCAUUGUUGCUGCUAAUUUUCCACCAAAAAGCUGCUUCUUUGACAAGAACAGGAUUACGCCCCCUCCGACUUAAACGUGGCAGUUUGUCCAAAUUGUUGCACGUUUAAUCCCUUUGGUGUGUUUCUCUCUCUCUCUUUCUUUUUCAAGUAGCCCUGAGAUGUUGCAAUGCAUCCAAAAUUGCAACUAAACAGCAAGCGUCAGAAUCAGGAUUGAGUUUCCUGUAAAACGGUUUCCAGUAUGCAGAAAUUCCCAGUGAGAGGGAAUGAGCCGUUUUGUUUUUAACGUUCCUGCUAAUGAUUGAAUUUCUCCCAAAUCGGUGCCUGAAGGCCUUCUGCGACACUGUCACGCACCAGAGGGAAGCUUGUGCUGCAGGCAGUGAAGGCAGCACUACACAAACAGUCGUUUUGCUCGCAUCUCUCAGUCUGAACUUAUCAUUUUCAAUGUAAUUAAAUCUGAACAGUUGUUUAUUUAACCUACCCCAGUAAGCGCUACAGCAAAGUGAAUGCAUCAGGAUUAAUUAUUUACAGCCCCGCAUGUCUGAAGUCUUCGUCAUUGUUUGCGUUACAGGCUCUCUCACGCUGCCCCUGAUUUUUCUUUCCAUGUCAGAAAUUGGUGAAUGCAUUAGGAUUAAUUGGAGGGCACUUUCUAAAUGAAAUUCACAGAGACAAAUUGAGAAUAUUGGGCUGCUAUUUUCAGCAAUUAAGUCUUCCUUUUAAAAUUAUGGAAUUAAUUACACAUCCCCGUCUCUAAUCACUGUAGAAAAGGUUGGUGAAAGGUUACUGUUGAUGUUUGGGGCAAACAUUGAACCUGUGACAGCUGUUAUUGUUCAUGAGAUUUAGAAUCUCUUACAAGUGUUCCUUACCUGAACCUCUGAAACAGUUAAAAAUACUGUUUAACAGCAGCAUUAAAUGCUUGACAGGAUGAAUUGAUUUCUAGUGUUUCUCAGAUGAAUUAAUGAUGGCUGAGGCUGAUACCUGUACUGCUGUGUUUUAAUAAUAAAUGAAGACACAUCAGGUCAUCAUCUCUUUGAUCCAAAAUGCAUUCAUCUGAACUCUUUGCCUCUCGGUUUGCUCACGUUGUUCUCUGAUCUCCAAAGGUUACCUGCACCCGGGCCCUCGUUCUUUAAACAAGCCACGCCAGACCUGCGCCGGUGAACCCCGGUGAGUGGGCUUUGGCGGAUUUUAAGCCCACGUUGAUGAGUCACGUAGUAAUAUCCAUGCUGGUAGCCCUCGCUCUCACGUAUCUAUCUCCUGCCGUGGCAGCUCAGACAUCACCAGCCAGCUGUGAUUGAGUUUAUUCAGCUCUGUGUACGUAGAGAAGCAGCAGAGGUGGCCGCAGCUGCUCUUGAACGUCUCCUGUUUGCAGGGCUUCCGUCAGUCUGGUGUGUAAUCUGCUGGCAACACCCAGGUGAUUCAGGUGGAAGACGGGUCACGCACCUUGGGGGAAGACACGCAUGGCGGGUAUUUAGACAAACACGUCCAUCGAGCAUAAACACAAAUUUCAGCAGCCUGUUACUAUGGCAACAAGAAGUCUCCGUGGUAGUGGCCUGCAGUGCCAUCUCUCUUUCUCUCUCUCUCACACACACACAUGUACAGAGCAGCAUAGUCUCUUAAUGAUGUUUCACCAUCUCGCCCACUCGUCACCAGUCACACAAUGAGCCUUGCGGAGAUUCAGACAGCGAUGAACAGCAGAGAGGGCACAGAGAGAGAGAGAGAAAGGCUGCUGCUGCUCUCCGGGUAUCAGUUGGGAGUGUGACUAAUAGUUGAGGACAAUUAAGGAUUUUUUUUUUUUUUUUUUUGCUAAACGUUUCACCUUUUUAAAAUUUUUAAUUUAAGACCUAAUUAUGUUUGUAAAUGGCAAAAAAGUGAUGCUAUCCAGAGUUGAAACUUGAAACGUGACACCGUAGCAAAAAAAAAAAAAAAAAGUAAAUACCUGGAAAAGAAUAACACUUUACAGCCA